CCAUGGAACAUACGUUGCGUGUGUAUGGUCGAAUAUAUUCAGUGCAAUGAAUACAGAAGUGCGAUGUCCAUUUUAAUAUCUUUUAAAUGACAGGGAAUAGAAUUGUGACUGUUGAUUCGGGCAUUAUGGACUUUUACUCGUACGUUGUUUUCCUAGCGCUCUUUUCGAAAAACUCCCUUUCAGAUGACAACGUCCGAGCCCGGAAUUACGAUAUUUGUAUGACCAUCGGAAAGGAUGCGUUCGAGCCGCUGAUGGGCAAUAAAUCUCCGUUUACUGGUAGCGUCGGGGUAAUUUUCACAGUUGUUGAGGACGCUUCUUCGGUGGAACUAAGAUCCGAUGGUGAGCUAGUCACAAUAAAAAAUAUCACACUCGACGGGGUAUUACUUGAAGAGUCUCAGUACACGGUGGACGUGUCUGAAGAGAGUGUGACUAUUCGACACGAAUUCCUUAAAAAUACCGAUUAUAACAUUUCAAUAAUCUACAAUAGUGUGAUACCCGAACGGGAUACCAGCUUCAUUCUCCCCAUCGCCAUCCAACAAAAUUCAGUUCGAGGCGAGGCCAAUGGCACCACAUAUUUCGUUCAGGCAAUUUUUAUCGGUGCGCAGAAAAUGUUGCCACAUUUUCACAAGUUCGAAGCAAGGUCCAUUUUUAAUAUGACCGUUGUUCAUCCCCAAGGAUACACAGCAAUUGGUACCACGGCUGUGAUAUCCGAGACACCACUAGAGGGCAACAUGGUGGAGAGCAAGUUUGCGCCGACGCCUCUCGUAAAACUUUCUUCGAUAUCUUUCAUAAUUUCCGACAUUUUGGAUUGUGAAGACGCACAACCUGUAAACGGGGUCCAUAUCAGAGUGUGCUCGAGCAAGAGGGUAGCGAACAAUCGAGCCUGGGCAAUAAAGUACACACCGACUAUUGUUUCGUUGCUCGACCAAUUUAUGAACUAUAGUGUUGGGAUGCAUACCAACCUCCACAAAUUGGACGUAAUCGCUGUACCCGGUCAAUUCAACUUUGCUCUGAGCUUUUGGGGAGUGUUGACGUUCAGCGAGGACAUGUUGCUGAAUGAUAUAAAAUACGGAACAAAUAGACAAUACAGUACCAGUACGAUUACUCAUGAAGCCUGUCUCCAAUGGUUCGGAGAAUUGGUGACCAUAAGUUGGGCAGUCCGGGAAAGUUUUUGCAAAUUCAUGCAGUUCUAUAUUCCUUCGCAGAUAAAGGACCUUUCUGACUGGAAGUACAUCAGUUACAUGAUCCCUAUCAUACACGAGGCUUUAAAUGAAGAGUCUGACAAAAAUACUGAAGCUGUACUAGACACUUCAAGUUUAACAGCCACGUUUCAAAAAGGUGGUGCAAUAUUUCGCAUGAUACAGCACGUAAUGGGACAUGACAAUUUUAUCAAGUCAAUCCAGGAAUUCGUGAUGAAAUUUGCUUUUGGUUCGCCCAAAAUCAGUGACCUGUGGAUGAUAUUGCAAGAGAAUGUGGAUAACGCAAUAUCGAAAGUUCCAGAUGGCGUCGACUUUGCGUCCAUAGUUUCGUCUUGGUUCGAGCAGCCUGGAUAUCCUGUGGUAAAAGCGACUCGCGUCGGCAACGAUUUGGUGAUCUCACAAGAAAGGUUCGUCAGAUACUCCGAGGAUACUACUACAAAGUGGUAUAUACCCAUAUCCUACACAACAUCGUCAAAUCCUCAAAACUUUGAAAAAACCGAACCUAUGCUUUGGUUAUCGCCGUCCGAAGAAAGUGCAGUUGUACCUCUCGACAGUUCUGACUCGUGGGUAAUUUUAAAUAACCAGCAAACAGGGUUCUACAGGGUAAUGUACGAUGACAUUUUGCUGGAUAAUAUCUCGAAAGCGUUACUUCAGCCGAAUUUCGAUGGGAUCACGGAGAUCAACCGCGCGCAAAUUGUCGAUGAUCUGUUCGCUUUUGCGGACAACAAAAAAACAAAAUAUGCCAUGAUUUUUGACGUACUUGACUAUCUUAAAUAUGAAGUGGAUUUUCUUCCCUGGACGACCGCACUCACCGACUUCACCGGCAUACUUGAUAGCUUUUCGAGGCACGAAACCAAGCUGAGACACAGAAUCAGAUUACAUUUAAUAUGCCUGCUUGAGAAGGUAUACGCUACGACACCGUUAACUAAUGAGCCAGUUAAAGACGACAACGAAUAUAUCGCCAGAAAUCAAGCCACGAUAGUCAAAUGGGCUUGCGAACUGGGUUACCCAGCUUGCAUAGAGGAUGCUCGCCUAAUAUUCGAACUUUGGAAAAAUAAAAUGAGUUUGAACUCGCACACGGGGUGGAUAGCACUGUGCAGUACCGUGCGUUUCUCAGCAAAUGAUUCUUACUUUAAGUACAUUUUGGAUGAGUAUGUGAAUUCUGACGACGACCAUUGGCAAGAGGUCUUAAUAUCGAAAAUGACCUGCACGGAAGACACCACCACUGUUAAACUUAUGCUGAACUGGACACUGAGUGGCUCAUCGAUGUUAAAAUCUACAAAUCAUGGCCUCCAAAUUUACAGAAAUCUAAUACUAUAUUCAGCAGAGAACUAUGCACAGACGCAACACUUUUUCUUGGAGAACAUUGAAGAGAUUCUCAAAAUGUAUGGUUCAAAUGUUUAUUCGAUUAUAUUAAAUAUUAUAGAGAGAUUCCCAGAUCAAAACAAUAUUGACCAGAUAGAGACGUGGAAGAUGAUUCCAACUGACGAUUCACUAUUUACAUAUAUUGUGGAGCAAUCUCUCGACGUAGCUCGUCCUCGGCUCGAAUGGUUCAAAUGGCAUAAGGAGGAUUUUUUCAACUACUACGAUAUAAUUCCCGAUUCCCGCAAUUAAUUUUAAUUCGGUCAAUAAUCAAUUUAUUGUUAAUUCGAAAAACGUGGAAUUUUCGACUGCAUACAUUUCCAAUAAUGUGAGGGAAUGUUUGCACAACGCUGACGAGUGU